UCUGGCUGCAGGGAGGCUGCUGCUACGUCCACUGAGCACCUGUGGCACGGCAGGGCCAAGGAGCUGCAGUCCUUAACCAGCUUGGGGUCUGCACCCAAGCUAACUAGGCUCCAUCCAGACCAGCUUCCCCUCUCCCUUCCCUGCCACCAACACUCCCAUAGCCCCGGCAAAACCAAAGCCCACUUUGCCAAGAUGUCCAAGGUAGCCAAGUAUCGCCGGCAGGUGAGUGAAGACCCUGACAUUGACAGCCUGCUGUCCACUCUGUCCCCUGAGGAGAUGGAGGAGCUGGAGAAGGAGCUGGAUGUAGUGGACCCAGAUGGGAGCAUCCCUGUGGGGCUGCGGCAGAGGAACCAGACAGACAAACAGUCCACAGGCAUGUACAACCGGGAAGCCAUGCUCAACUUCUGCGAAAAGGAGACCAAGAAACUCAUUCAGAGGGAGAUGUCCGUGGAUGAAAGCAAGCAAGUGGGGAGCAAGACAGAUGCCAAGAACGGAGAGGAAAGGGGCAGAGAUGCCAGCAGAAAGGCCCUGGGCCCCAGACAGGACUCAGACCUGGGAAAGGAGCCAAAGAGGGGUGGCUUAAAGAAAAGCUUCUCCAGAGAUCAAGAGGAAGCUGAUGGCAAGGGUGGGGAGAAGCCCAAGGAGGAAAAGGUCAUUAGGGGCAUUGACAAAGGCCGGGUCCGGGCUGCAGUGGACAAGAAGGAGGCCGGAAAGGAUGGGAGAGGAGAGGAGAGGACAGCAGCCCCAAGGAAGGAAGAGGUGAAAAAGGGGAGUGACAGGAGCACCGCCUUGAGCAGGGACAAGGACAAGAAGAGAGAGGAAGUAAAGGAGGUGGGCAAGAAGGAGGAGGAGACAGUAAUGGGGGGGCGUAGGAACACAGAUACCAAAAGAACGGAUGAGAAGAUGAAAAGGGCCGGUGGGAACACAGACAAGAAAAAGGAAGGCGAGGGUGUACAAAGAGGAAGUGGGGACAGAGACACAAAAAAGGAAGACGAAAAAGUCAAGAAGGACAAAAUCCAGCCUGAAAAAGACACCAAGGAAGAGAGCAAGACCAAAGCUUCCGAGAAGCAGGCCUCUGGCAGCUCCAACAAGCCCUCUGAAGGGCCCCCCAAGGUGGAGGAGGAGGCAGCUCCCAGCAUAUUUGACGAGCCUCUGGAGAGAGUGAAGAACAACGACCCAGAGAUGACUGAGGUGAACGUCAACAAUUCAGAUUGUAUCACCAAUGAGAUCCUGGUCCGCUUCACCGAGGCCCUGGAGUUCAACACCGUGGUCAAGGUGUUUGCCUUGGCCAACACAAGAGCUGAUGACCAUGUGGCCUUCGCCAUCGCCCUCCUGCUCAAGGCCAACAAGACCAUCACCAGCCUCAACCUGGACUCCAACCACAUCACCGGCAAGGGCAUCCUGGCCAUCUUCCGGGCCCUCCUCCAGAACAACACACUGACCGAGCUGCGCUUCCACAACCAGCGACACAUCUGCGGGGGCAAGACAGAGAUGGAGAUCGCCAAGCUGCUCAAGGAGAACACCACCCUGCUCAAGCUGGGCUACCAUUUUGAGCUGGCCGGGCCCCGCAUGACCGUCACCAACCUACUCAGCCGCAACAUGGACAAGCAGCGACAGAAACGGCUGCAGGAGCAAAGGCAGGCCCAGGAAGCCAGCGGAGAGAAGAAGGAUCGGCUGCAGGUGCCCAAGGUAGGGGCCCUGGCUAAGGGCUCCCCCAAGUCUUCACCCCAGCCAUCUCCAAAGCCCACUCCAAAGAACUCGCCCAAGAAAGGGGGUGCUCCAGCCGCUCCGCCCCCUCCUCCCCCUCCCUUGGCUCCACCCCUUAUCAUGGAGAACCUGAAGAACUCACUGUCACCAGCCACCCAGAGGAAGAUGGGAGACAAAGUCCUCCCUGCCCAGGAGAAGAACUCGCGUGACCAGCUCCUGGCUGCCAUCCGUUCCAGCAACCUCAAGCAGCUGAAGAAGGUGGAGGUGCCCAAGCUGCUUCAGUAGGACCAGGCUGCCAGGUCCUGGUGCCAGUGCCAUGACUGCCCAGGCUCAUGUCCCAGGGCUGCACAGACCCCGCCCACCCUACCCUGGCUGACCUGCUGUGGCUGUGCCUGCUCUGCCAUGGGAAAGCUCAAGGCCUGCCACGCUCGGGGGAGGACGCCUCAUCUCUGCUCACUUCCUUUUUCUUGUCUCUGAGGCUCUCCAAAAAUUGCUUUGACACUUGGAGCUGAAGGUCAGGACAAGAAGAGUCCUUCCAGCACAUCACAGAGAAGACGGCACUGCCUGGGGCCUAUGUGACUGGCAGGUUGCAGAAGGCCUAUGACCCAGCAAAGCUAUCCCCCAGGGAUCACAUGCCCACCCCAGCCCCCCUGCCCUCCAGGGCCAGGAUUCAGGCCUUUGAGGAGCCCUUGGGGCAAAGUUGCUGGGCCAGUGCCAUUGUGGAGCAAUGGCAGGGGGAUAAAAGGCCUGGGGGUCCAGGGAGAACAGGAGAGGCUGGGGAUACCCCCAGGGUAGGCACCUGGCCUGGUGGAGAGUGGGCUUCAGAUGGGAGGAGAGGCAGCAGCUGGACCUGAAGGUUUGAUGCCAAAGCAGACAUUUUCUUCACACCCACCUGCUGUUGUAUAAAGAGCUGUGUAUCUGUUUUUCCAUAAGAUUUUGAUAAUAUAUACAAAUCUUUAGCUGUGAGUGGCUGUGCCUUACCUCUGUCCUGUGUUCCUUGGGUCCUGAUGCUGAUCCUGGGUUCCCUGGAAGGCUCUAGAAGCCCAGGUUCUCUGCCAUAUCCUUAUGAUAGUGACCAUGAAAUUAGUUUACCUCUGUGGAAAGGAUAGCAUAGGGGAAAGCCUGUAUACUUUUUUUUUUUUUUUAAGAGAUGCUGGGA